AGGCACGUAUGGCGUGCAGCUCAGAAACGCUGCCUCCGAAACCGACGCAGAUAAUGCGGAAGCUGGAGCGCGGCGUUGCAGGGUCGCGUGGGCGACCACAAACACCUCACAGCGGGCGGCUCGCGGCCAUCUCUCUGACGGAGAUGCGCGGAGCCUAGUGACCAGGUGGUGAGACAGGCGACAUGUCGAAGCCCGAAGGGUGUAGCAUCAUCGAGCAACGCUUAAUCCCUUUUGGGCAGAGGAGGAAGCGGCCUACUUGGCGGCGGACCGGGGCAGGGAGGAAGCUGAGACGGUCUCUGAGCGGGCAUCAUGGUGAAAGUGAACUGGGUCGAGGAAGCCAGCUUGACGGUUGUUGGGUUUAUAAGGCUAGGCCUGGUGAUCGUUGGAGUGGUGAUUGGAGGUUGCUGGUCGCGGGUCAGGACAGGAAGCAGUCGUAAUUAUCAAGUAGUCGUGAGAGAGUCUUUGUCGUUAAGAUCUUUCGAUGAAAGUUCCCGAGUCGUUUUGGUCUGGCGAUGAUGGCUCGAGAGUGCCGACCACGGC